AUGCCCGAAGAAGCUGUUGCCACACCAUCCGCUCACCCUCCCGUUGCUGAAUCAGCGCCAUCAGCUCCUGCUAAUGUCGCUCCACCAACAGCUGAGCCAGCUCCAGCUCCCGCCGCGCCCGCUACUGUUCCCGUACCAGCACCUGCAGUACCGGCAGCAGCAGCAGUACCACCACCACCACCACCACCACCAGCAGCAGUGGAAGGGCCUCCUCAGCCAUCUUCCAUACCCAAGAUUGCUCCCCCCACAGCAGCUAUGAUGAUGCAACCGAAUCCCGCAAUGAUGCGACAGCAAGUGCAUCCAUAUAUACCACAAACCCGAGGCUUCUUAGAUGGCCUUUUAGAUAGACUCCAUUUGGCACCAAAGUAUCCAACCUUAGAUGGGAGAACUAUAUUGCCACAGCAGAUGCCACAGCCUGUGUCAGUUCCUAGUGGUCCACCACCCAUGGUAGAAGAGAUGGCUAUCAGGCAGCAGGCUCAACAGGCUCAACAGCAACAGGCCCAACAACAGGUUCAGCAACAGGCUCAACAGCAGCAAGUCCAACAGGCUCAACACCAAGCCCAGCAGCAGCAACAACAAAUACAGCAACAACAGUUGACAGCAUUAUCGAAUAUGGGAAUGAUGAUGCCAUUCAACAAUCAGGUCCAACAACAACAACAACAACAGCAGGCGCAACAGGCUCAAAUGCUGAUGAUGCUGAUGAUGAUGGGACAGCAGCAGCAACAACAGCCGCAAAAUUUACUCGUACGUCAACAUCAGCAACAGCAAAUGCUGCAACAGCAACUGCUGCUGCAACAACAACAACAACAACAACAACAACAACAACAACAACAUCAACAGCAACAGAUGGCUUUAGCUGCACUGACGCAAAUGAUGACCCAACAGCAACUACAACAGCAGCAUUUGUAUAACAAUACCCAUAAUAACUUGAUGAUGUAUAACAACACUCAAGCAUACCCUUCUUAUCAACAUCUGCAGCAACAACAUCAGCCAUAUCAGCAAAUAUAUAACACGAAUGCAAGAAGAGCGUAUAAUCACAAUGCAUAUCCAAUGCAAGACUACGCUCACUAUGGUCAGCCUUACUCGAAUUAUGAUUCAAAUGCACGAUAUGGACCCAGACUGAUGACACCAAAUGGGAGAACAAGGAACUAUAGCUCGGUAAAAGACUUGCGAUGA